CCUUAUCUUCCUCCGUUUGUUGUUUACUCGCCGUUUUAAUUAGCGCUCAAUGUUUCUCGUCAUAGCAUAUUUAUUUUGCAUUAAUUAUCCGAUUUAUCCCUUGUAAUUCUGUCCGAUCUAAUAUCAUCGCAAAAUGGCAAGUACAUUCUUAUACUUUGCUUAUGGCAGCAACUUGUUAAUGAAAAGAAUUCACUUCAAUAAUCCAACAGCAGUACGAAAGGAUAUUGGUUGCUUAAAAAAUUACAGACUUGAUUUUAUAACGUACUCUAAAAGAUGGGCUGGAGCAGCAGCAACGAUAGUUCCUACAGAAAACUCUUCUGUAUGGGGUGCAAUUUGGGAAUUAAAUCAAUGUAAUCUUUCUACGUUAGAUUGUCAAGAGGGUGUUAUGGAUAAUAUAUACUUUCCAUUAACUGUUGACGUUGAAACUCCCAGUGGUGCUAUUCUCAAAUGUAGAGUAUAUCAACAAACUAAUGUACCAGCUAACUAUAUCAAACCAAUGUUAUUGCCAAUCGAGAGACUACCAUCGCCUCUUUAUUUAGAAACAAUUAUAAAAGGUGCUCAAGAAAGUCAACUUCCUGAUAGUUAUAUACAAUUCUUAAAGAUGAUACCGCACAAUGGAUAUAAAGGAAAAUGCGAACUUAGUUUACCGUUGAAAGAAGCUUAACAUCUGCAACUCUAAAUCUUGGCUAAAUUUGAAGAAUUCAGCUAUUAAUAAUUCACAAUUAGUACAAUUGCGUACAAUUAGUUAAAGGUAUAAUAGAGAAUUUGUAUUUUCACCAAAAUCUAUUUGUUUAUCCGCAGUAUAUUGUAUAUAGCAAUAUUGAAAAUAAUGAAUAAGUUGGUGUAUAUAUAAAUCUAUGUUACACAGUAUUCGUAUUUAGAAAUAAGUAAAUAAUAAAUCUAUGUAAUUAAA